CCGGCAUCCGUACCUCGAUGACGUCACGGCCAACAUGGCCGACUAAGUGAAUGACUGAGGAGAGCAUUUUCUUUUUCAGACAACAAGAACCAUCAGAGGAAACAAAGCGUCGGCGGCGGAGCUUCUUUUUAAAUCAACAACGGGUUAACGGAGCGAUGCGGGACGUCGAUCGAUCCGCUGCUCCAGUGAUCGAUGUCCGGGCCCGGGACGCGGCUCGGCCCCGCUGCCGCCGCUCCGGAGUUCACCGAGCUGUGGAGGAGCUUCUGCGCCCUCACACCCCACAACAACAACAACAACAACAACAACAACAACAACAACAACAGCAGCACUGACGGGACGGCGGGAGAGCCCCACGUGGCCAUGCGUACAGAUCUGAGUCCCAAACACCGAGGCUCCGCUGGCCUCAACUACGGCGAUUCUCCCAGCGACGUGGAGCCCACGCAAGACAUCUUCUGGGACCCCGUGUCCCCCGUUGCAGGGCUCCGGAACAACGGAGUCGUGGAAAUAUCGGAACUCGUCAACCGCAUCGCCCCGAAGGAUGCGGAGCGCCAUCGGGUCGAGUCUCCUCUGCUGCAGUGGAUCGGCGACAGCGCCGUCCCGUGCACGCCGGACGGCCCAAAGCCGAGAGUCCAAAAGAGGUCCUCUCGGCAGAGCAGCGUGGACGACCUCCUCAAACUGGCCCGCCAGUUCGACCAGAACAUGCAGCAGGACCAGGAGACCUCGGCGCCGCCGGGCCGCCCUGCGGAGGACCCGGAGCGCCCCCCCUCGUCCGAUCCGGUGGAGGCGGAGCUGAACGCUCUGUUUGACUGCUCCACCCAGAGGAUCAGCGGGGGGCUCAGCCAGAGCUCCUCGGCCUCCGCCGGCCGGCCGCUGGGGGUCCGCUCAGCGACCCGCGGCGACUUCGACGACGACUGGGAGGACGACGCCCUCCUCCUGGACUGCUUUGAGCUGGCGGUGACCCACGAUGCCGAGCAGGAGCCCGAGGGCCACGAAACGCCCCCCCUUCCCAACCCCGAGACCAAGCCCGCAGGGUCGGCCUCCGGCUGCCGGCCCCCGAGCCGCAGUGCACUCUGGGAACUGUGUCCGACGCCGAAGACCUCCAACCGGAGCACUUUCAAACUGGAGCCGCACCCCCACUUCCGGGCGGCGGGGGUUUCCGGGUCCGCCGAGCAGACGGCGUCCGUCCCGAUCCCCGAGGCCGUCCCGGCGGACAGCGCGUGGGACGACGGCGUGGACGACGCGCUGCUCUGCCAGGUGUGCGACCGCGUGGAGCGGACCUCCGGGGGCCCAAAGCCAGACCCGCCCCCUCCGCGCGCCUUCGUCCGCUCCAACUCGUUGCCGGGGGGCGGGGGGGGGCCCGGGAACUACCGGGGGUGGGACGUUCCCUUGAAGGGCGCCGACAGCCAGUCGUUGAUCUCUCGGAGCCUCCCGGGGGGGCGCGGCGGCCUCGGCUCGUUCAACCAGUGCGGGGACUCCUCUGAAGCCCCCCAGGCUGAGAACUCCAAGCCCCGCCCCCCGGCCUUCAAGAGGAACCUGUCGGACUCAGCAGCCACCAGCAGCAAAGUUUUUGUCACGAGCCAGACGCUGUCAAAGUGCACGGCGGCGGAGAUCGGGAGGAAGAAGCAGGAGGCGUUGGCCCGGCGGCGACUCCGCAUGCAGAACGCCCCGUAGCCUCAGAGGAGCCUCAGAGGAACCUCAGGAGACCCAGAGGAGCCUCAGAGGAGCCUCAGAGGAGCCUCAGAGGAGCCUCAGAGGAACCUCAGGAGACCCAGAGGAGCCUCAGAGGAGCCUCAGAGGAGCCUCAGGAGACCCAGAGGAGACCCAGAGGAGCCUCAGAGGAGCCUCAGAGGAGCCUCAGAGGAACCUCAGGAGACCCAGAGGAGCCUCAGAGGAGCCUCAGAGGAGCCUCAGGAGACCCAGAGGAGACCCAGAGGAGCCUCAGAGGAGCCUCAGAGGAGCCUCAGAGGAACCUCAGGAGACCCAGAGGAGCCUCAGAGGAGCCUCAGGAGACCCAGAGGAGACCCAGAGGAGACCUUCACAUAAGACUAACUCCCAAACAGCGACCGGGCCUCCUCCUGGACGACGAGUUAUUGGUCCGUGGUGAUUAGUGUUCCACACGUGAAGAAGCUGCUGCGUGUUUGUUUUCUAGUUUAAAUGCUGUGAAAUGGUUCUAAACGCUGAGUCAUGAUUUCAAGGUUCUGUGCUGUAUGUUGGUGACUCAUUAUGUGCCUUUUACUCCUCCACAUGAGGAGAACUUGUUGUAUUUUUAGUUAAGAGACGAUACACAAUCACACUUUUUGUUGUGUGACCAAACGGAUGUUACAGUUUUCAUCCGUCCAACUUCACACAGAAUGUCUCCAAACACUAAAGGUUCAUUUCUUUCAUGCGUCCUACAAGAGACGUGUGCCUUAUUGUCUCUACAAACUGAAGUGUCCGUCAUGAUGUGAUGGCUGAGCUGAUACUGUGAAUAAAGUGCUGCAGACGCA